ACAACCUCCAGCUUCUUCUCCUCACCAUUAUCAGUGAUGGCCGAUCCAUUCAUUGACCAUCACAGGUUAACAUGUUGCAAAUGAGAUAACAUUGAGACAAAGUUUGAUUGAUGGAGCUGGUGGUGUAAUGCGGCCACAAUGUUAGCUUCGGUCAGCAGUUUAGUUUGAUAACAUUGCUGUUUGACAUAUGUGUGACAAACAGGCUCUAACGUCACUCCACCAGAUGCUCGUUGAAGCUCUCCUGUAAGGUUGCUGUGAGGGAUAAAACAACUCUUCCAGCAAUUUCCAGACACCAUGGCUCCACACCCGGUGGUCCAGGCCAUCAUCGACCUCUCUGCUGGAGCAGUAGGGGGAGCAGCAUGUGUCUUCAGCGGGCAGCCUCUGGACACAGCAAAGGUCAAGAUGCAGACCUUUCCGACACUAUACAGAGGUUUCAUCCACUGCAUCACAUCCACCUACAAACAGGUGGGUCUGCGCGGCCUCUACCAGGGCACAACGCCAGCGCUCAUGGCGAACAUCGCAGAGAACUCUGUGCUCUUUAUGAGCUACGGCUUUUGCCAGCAGGUUAUCCGAUUCACGGCUGGACUGCACAGUGAAGCUGUGCUGAGUGACAUGCAGAAAGCCUGUGCCGGCUCAGUGGCAUCCAUCUUCUCCUCACUUGUACUUUGUCCCACUGAACUGGUCAAGUGUCGCCUACAAGCCAUGUAUGAAAUGGAGGCAUCAGGAAAGAUAGCCAAGAGCCACAACACGGUGUGGUCAGUAGUGAAGUCAAUUAUGAGAAAUGAAGGACCACAGGGCUUCUUCCAGGGUCUGACCACAACUAUAGCAAGAGAGGUCCCGGGUUACUUCUGCUUCUUUGGUGCCUACGAGCUCAGCCGCACAGCCUUCUCCAACUACUUGAAAUGUGACAAAGAUGACAUAGGUGUGGCUCCCAUAGUGUUCAGUGGUGGAUUCGGAGGGGCUUGUCUGUGGCUGGUGGUCUACCCUAUGGACUGUGUCAAGUCUCGAAUCCAGGUCAUGUCUAUGACAGGCAAACAGGCAGGAUUUUUCAAAACCUUCAUGACGAUUGCACGUACUGAAGGUGUGAGGGCUCUCUACUCCGGUCUUACCCCCACCAUGGUCCGCACCUUCCCUGCUAACGGGGCUCUGUUCCUGGGAUAUGAAGUCAGCAGGAAACUCAUGAUGAAGCAGUUUGAUAGCUAAAACAAAUGGAAGAAUAUUGGUGAACUGGGAGGAAAGUAUUAUAGCCAUACAACCUCGUCAAAACUCCAGCUGAAACUUUGUGUGUGGGAGUGGUUUCAAUCAUUCUCUGCUUUUAUAGACUGACUCUGACACUGCCACACUCCAUCUCCUCUCAGCCUACAGAAACACACCUUUUAACAUAGUGUUUACGAUGUUAAAAUCCUAAUAUUUAUUUACUUGAUAGACUUCAACUUUGUUUCUUUUUAACACUCCAAAAAAAAUCAACAUGCAACAUGAAUGAUUUUAUGAGAACAUGUAUGUGUAGCACAGUGUUGACCAACAUUAACCAGCCUCUUUUUGACGAUUUCUCAAGACUUUAGUCGAUAGUUUUAUGUCUACCUCAACAAAAUAAUUUCUGAAGAUUAUCCUCUCAGUCAUUUUUAAAUCAUUUUUACUUUUUCCGUAUUCAAGAACCAUUUCAAGGAAAAACUUGGUUGUUACAGCUAAGCUUGCUGAUUGCAUGAAGAUUUAUUUUGAAAUGUGAAGUGGUUUACGCUAAUUAUUUUAAGAUCCCUAAAAGGUGUGAAGUUGUAUGCUUUUCAAUAUGGGAUUGUUCUCAAACAAGUAUUCCUCUCAGUUUUGAUCACAUGGGCUGCAUACUUUUUAGCUUUGACUGAAGUCCCACGAUUCCAGAAUCCGCAUAAGACACCUCUGACACAGCCAGCAGAGCCGUCUUGACUUUAUUUCUUUUAUCAUCUUUAUCUUUUAAUGCAUUGAAGUUAAAUUCCACCCCUGUUGAUAUUACAUUUCCACUCCUUUGUGACCCAGGAUUUGCCUUUAAAUAACUCCAUUUUGCCUUUUUUGUUUGUGUUUGAUGUGUGACCUUUGUUAUUAAAGGGUAACUAAACCCCCAGAUUCUUUUAUUAAGCUGAAAAGUGAUGCAUAUUGGCAUUCAGUAUUGCUGUUGCUUAAUCCAGGGCCAAGAGUUGCGCACAAAGAAUUAAAAGUCUACAUUUUAUGUCAAAAAUAUGCAUAGUGACUGCACUCUGUAGCUUGGAACUCAGCUGCUGCAGUUGCAUUUUUCUACUGGCUGAGCUGGUAGCACAUGAAAUCACCACCUCUUGUAAAAACAAGUCACCCAGUUAAUAGCAUUGUCUGGAAUCCCACCCUUUCCAUUAUAGUGCACUAAACAGUGAAUAGGCCAUUUUGUAGUGGUGUCUGAAAUCAGAAAGAGCAUUGUUAUACCAUAUAUAGUGCACUUAUUGUAUCCCACAAUGCAUUGUGAUAAGUAGAGGACAACCAAUCAUCACUGUCCAAGCAAUAUGCACCAUCAUGCAUUUUGUGUUUCAAAGCUGUAACGAGCAGAAAGUGAUGUUUGACUGCUCUCAUACAUGACUGAGAGACAAGAAGAGCACAACUAGUGCGUGUCGAUCACACAAAAACAAAAUAGUUUAUAUUUUGUGGCAUAUCUUUUUUUCGAAAUCUUUAAUCUGUUUAAUGAUCACCAUAGUUUCAUUUGCUUAAAACUCACAGAACUUAUUUUUUAUCAUUGAUUUUUUUUGUGAACAUUUGGAAUAUUGUUUUAAGUGAAAUAGCAUUAUUUUCAGUCCUCAGCUAUUGUUGCUUCACGUUCAAAUUUUGCAACAGUGAUGACAUCGUUGUCUGCAGCCCGAGUACAGUCCAUGUUUUUUUCUUAUAAUCAUGAUGAGUGAACUAUACAGGCGCCUACAUCCAGCUAACUCUAUAGCAGAUAAGGAAUGGGAGAGGAGGGUACAAUUCCGACACAACCAGGGUUUAUGUUUAGUGCAGUGUUUUUAGUAAGUUGUUUGAGUUAAAGGCAUUCUGAAGUCAUAAAAUACACUAAUGUAUUUUUAAAAAUCCAGGGUAGCUGCACUUCAGCUGAAUCUUUGUGGUUUAGUUUCUCUUUAAUGUACAAAUCCAUGAAAAUAUAAAGCUGCCUCAGUAAAUGUGCCAUUUACACUGUAAUUUCCAUAUGCAGUUUAAUUUUCCCAGUGAUUACAGGUUUGGAUUUCAGAAAUCUAACAUAUUCCUUUAAUGUUGAUUCAGAAAUGUUGCUAUUUGAGAACACUAACAAUUUAUGAUGAUGCUGAAAUGUUUGUACAGAUACCAGUAUAUUCAGAACCUACAUUAAAAGUGUCAUAGAAGAAUAACCAUGUCCUCAGUGUUACUCCAGCAAGAUGUAGAGGAAAAUAAACUUAAUGUUUGAACAUGAAACUGAAGUCCUUAUGCCCCAUUCACACAGGAUUAGUAUUACGUAGGGACCUCUGGUCAUUUGUAUUAAUCACGCAGGAUGUUUGUGUUUUUAAUCUG